CCUCUUUUGCCCGGCGGGGUGCCGGAACGUUUUAGGUUCCUAUUUCUUGGCGUUUUGACUUCUUCACACAACUCGCCGUACGCGGCGCCCAGCGCGGAGACAUGAGUGUUCCUGUGUCACCGCCCCCGGACCGGGUCCUGACAGGGCCCUCCGACACCCUGGAGGCCGACGAGCCCACGCUGGGCUUAAGUGACACGUCUCCAGAUGAAGGACUGAUAGAGGACUUCGCUGUAGAGGACAAAGCUGUGGAACACCUGGUGGGAGGCCUGCUGUCCCAUUACUUACCCGAUCUGCAGAGGUCGAAGCAAGCCCUCCAGGAACUCACACAGAACCAAGUUGUGUUACUAGACACCCUGGAACAAGAGAUUUCAAAAUUUAAAGAGUGCCAUUCCAUGCUGGAUAUCAAUGCCUUGUUCACAGAAGCGAAGCACUACCAUGCCAAGCUGGUGGACAUAAGGAAAGAGAUGCUGACGCUCCAUGAAAAAACGUCCAAGCUAAAAAAAAGAGCACUUAAGCUACAGCAGAAGAGGCAGAAAGAAGAGCUGGAAAAGGAGCAGCAGCGGGAGAAGGAAUUUGAAAGAGAAAAGCAGUUGACAGCCAAGCCAGCCAAAAGGACAUGAGAAGCUGGGCUGUGGGUGUCCCGUCCUGUCAUACUCCCUGGAUCCCCAGUGCUGCACGUGAAGAGUGCAGUGUGGAUGGCGCCUUAUGCUGUGGCAUAUCUUGAAAUCUUUCCCAGGAUUGCUUUGUCUCCAUGACUUCACUUCACUUCACUCAAGAAGCCUUGUUGAUACUUGCAUUUUCAACUUUUGUCUAAUUUUAAAA